AGUACCCAAAGUAUCGAAAUGAUGUUGAGUCAUCUGGCAAUCCUUGCAUUUCUUCACAAGGUGGCGGAAGGAACAGUAUGGCAGCCGUGGUCUUGACACACUGUUGGAAAGGACUUUCUCAGGCUUUAAGUUAUGGAAGAGUUGCAGCUUAUUCACCGCUAUGUUAUGGGGGGCUCAGACAUAAAUCUACACUACAGUAUGCUUCGCGUCCAGACCUGCCAAAGCUAGCCUAUAGGAAGAUAAAGGGGAAAAGCCCUGGCGUUGUUUUCCUGCCAGGCUAUGCCUCCAACAUGAAUGGACAGAAGGCACAGGCCUUGGAGGAGUUCUGCCAGUCUUUAGGUCACUCUUACUUGAGGUUCGACUAUACAGGGUGCGGACAAUCAGAAGGUGUUUUUGCAGAGUGCACAGUAGGAACCUGGAAGAAAGAUGUUCUCUAUAUGCUGGAUGAACUGGCUGAUGGCCCACAGAUUCUUGUUGGCUCUAGUAUGGGUGGCUGGCUGAUGCUCCUGUCUGCCAUUGCUCGACCUGAGAAGACGAAAGCCCUGGUUGGCAUUUCCACAGCAGCUGAUCACCUUGUCACAGCAUUCAAAACACUUCCGAUAGAGGUGCGCAAGGAUUGCGAGGACAAAGGCGUGUGGAGCCUCCCCAGCAAGAGCAGCGAGGAGGGCGCGUACAAGCUGACCAUGGACUUCCUCGCGGAGGCAGAGAACCACUGCGUGCUGCAGAGCCCCAUCCCAAUCACCUGCCCCGUGCGCCUCAUUCACGGCCUGAAGGACGAGGACGUGCCCUGGCACAUCUCCAUGCAGGUGGCCGAGCGCGUGCUCAGUGCCGACGUGGACAUCAUCCUGCGCCGGCACGGCCAGCACCGCAUGGCGGAGAAGGACGACAUCAAGCUCAUGGUGUACACCAUCGACGACCUCAUAGACAAGCUGACCACCUUGGUGUGAGAGGGAGAUAAAAAAGGAAAAAGAGAGAGAGAGAGCAAGAGAAAGAAAGAGAGUGAAAAAAUAACAGGAAAAAAAGAGGAAUUGGACCUGGCCACUGUACCAACACAAUGACCAGUCCCUUAGAUGCCAAACACCCCACCCCCCUGCAUCCCUACCCUCUCCCCUAGGCCCUUUCUCCCCAGCGUGCAACAAACAACAAACAAACAAACAAACCAGAGGUUGAGGGGAGGGGGGGUUACAUGAGGGACAGGUCCAAACUGUCAAGGAAGAAUUACAACCCCUUUACAAUCUACACCCUCCUCACCCUUACCCUCCUGCUCCUUCUGUGCCUUUCAGAGUAUAUUUUUACUCGUUUCCAGUUUACCUUGUGCAGCGCUGUGAAGACAAGUGUGUUUUUAUCCUUCCGAGUUCUGCUGCCUCUGAAUCUGUAUGUGUUACCCUGGUUAAUAACCAAAUACCAUAGGUCUACUGUGCCUUUUUUUUACCACAUUUCACACUAUGUUUUAGGCAAUAAAGCCUCUGUCUAUUAAGA